AUGGAAGCCAACUCUAAUGAUACAUUCACUUUACCCAGCUUAUUGAAGACAGCUUACAACGCGUGUAACAUUACCCAGCGGCGAAAGUACAACGCGCGGAGAAUUAGAAAUGCGCGGAAAAGGCACAACACGUUGCAGCUUAAGCAUGUCGAGCUAAGAAGGUGUUGCAAGUCGAUUUUCGCAAUUUUAAGGAUAAAUUCUGAUAUUGGUUUCAACCUUCGCGGCAGCAGGCGUCUUAUGUUUCUCAAAGUGAAGCACGCCUUUCAUUUAUCCGAUAUUGAGCAAGAAAUUGAACGCAUAUGUGAGAUGGCAGCAUUAAACGGACACAUAAAUUGUUUGAAGUUGGCUCGUGCGAUUGGAACCCCCUGGGGCACUACGAGCUUCAGGUAUGAUUCUGCAUGCGACUCGGCAGCAGGCGUGGGCAGCAUGGAUUGUUUACAAUACGCAUACGAAAAUGGAAGCCGGUUUAGCACGAGGACGUGUUCGAGAGCGGCGGGCGACGGUCAUUUGGACUGUCUCAAGUUUCUUCAUGAAAACGGGUGUGCGUGGAAUAGUGAAACGUGUAUUGUAGCCGCGGCAAAUGGACAUUUGGAGUGUCUUCGAUACGCCAAAAUAAAUGGAUGCGAGUGGAAUGAGAUUGUGUGUAUGCUAGCUGCGUUGAAUGGACAACUGCACUGUCUUAAAUAUGCACACAAUAAUGGAUGUCCCUGGGACACAAGCACUUGUUAUCAUGCUGCAAUAAAUGGGAACAUCGAUUGUUUGAAAUACGCCCGAGAAAACGGAUGUGAUUGGGACGAAGAAACGUGUUAUCAGGCUGCGAAAAACGGGAAAAUUGACUGUCUUAAGUAUGCCCACGAAAAUAAUUGCCCGUGGGACAACAGAACGUGUUCUGCGGCUGCGUUAGGUGGUCACUUUCAGUGUCUACAGUAUGCAUAUCAUAACGGAUGUCCGUGGGACGUACAACAGUUUCUUUAUUCUUCAGAAAAUAAACAACCGGACUGUUAUAAUUAUGCAAUUGAAAAAUUAAAUGAAUAUUUAAAAAAAUAA